UAGCCUCAAGGAGCCCACAAACAAAACGUCCCAGCUACAAGGGUCUUACACUGCCUCCUAAGAUCCAUAUAUAAACCAGCUCACUGGAGCACAGAGAUAUAUAGAAGACUCAAGGGAAGAGUGACGUUUUACAUCCGUGGACUUGGAGUCUUCAAAGUUAACAGGUUUGUUUUGCUGAGACCUGACACUUGUUGGAGAAGCAUUUCUGAACUUUGCACAACACAGCACAGCUUUUGAAAAGAAUGGCGCAACGACAGAACUCCGACAAAGACCCGACUAUUGAACUCUUCAUAAAGGCUGGCCACGAUGGAGAGAACAUGGGCAACUGCCCCUUCUGCCAGAGGCUCUUCAUGGUCCUGUGGCUAAAAGGAGUCAAGUUCACCGUGACAACCGUCGACAUGAGGAAAAAACCAGCAGAGCUGAAGGAUCUGGCACCUGGGACCAACCCUCCAUUCCUGCUGUACAACGGCACCCUCAAGACGGACUUUAUCAAGAUCGAGGAGUUUCUGGAACAGACAUUGGCCCCUCCCAGGUAUCCACACCUUAGCCCACUCAGCAAAGAGUCCUUUGACGUGGGAGCUGACAUUUUCGCCAAGUUUUCCGCUUUCAUUAAGAAUAGACCAGCCAACAGUACUUUCCAUGAGAAGGCGCUGCUGCGGGAGUUCAAGCGUCUGGAUCUCUACCUGACCUCCCCCAUCCCUGAAGAGAUUAACCAAAACUCCAGAGAAAACAUCCUUGUCUCCAAGAGGAAGUUCCUGGAUGGCAACCAUCUCACCCUGGCAGACUGCAACCUGCUGCCCAAGCUGCAUGUCAUCAAGAUUGCUGCCAAGAAGUACUGUGACUUUGACAUCCCGGUCCAGUUCACUGGUGUAUGGAGGUACCUGAACAAUGCCUACGAGAGGGAGGAGUUCAGUCAGACCUGUCCUGCCAACAUCGAGAUCGAGAAGGCUUACCUGGACGUAGCCAAUAAGAGGCUGUAAACCUAUAAACAAUCUUUAGCCAACAAUUACACAACCAUUACACAACUAUUACACAACAUUUCCUCUUUUACUGUUACCAUGGAAAUGGUAAGCCAUUCACAAAACAUGAAGGAAUUUUGGGAGGGGCCAGCAAUCAUUAUUGAAAUAUCUCAUGUCAACUGUUUAAAAAUCAGCAUUUAUAAAUUCCUGUGUGAGGAUGCAGAUAGGCAUUCUAGAAAUCAAAGUUCACAAAGAGACCCCCUCCUGCUUAAUGUGCAUUAUGUUAAUUUAGCACUAGGGUAUGCACAAGAUGAAUGACUAUGCCAUAUGUUUUACAGAGUGUGUAAUAGUAGGCUGCUACAGUAACUAAGGUCUAUGUAUGAAGACAAGUACAGACUAUUUAUUUCAUGUAAUUAUACUGGCAAAUUUCAUUAUAUGCCACACUAAAUAGGCCAAGUGUGCAAUUUGACUGUUUAUCUAAUUUAGUGAGUUUCUUUGUCCAUAGUGUAAAUAUAUAUUUCUUACCUUGUUGUUUAUGACCUGCACACCCAUACUAUAAGAAUAUAUGAGUGUAUUCUAAUUAUGUUUAUGUGUAAUUGAAACUAGUGAUACAAAACCUAUUGUUGAUAGUUACCAUUACCACUCAUAAUAUUAAGCUCUCACCAACAAGACUGCAGUCAAUUAGCAUGUAAAUAAGUUUAGGUAUCAGGAAAAGAUGUUUUACCAUAAUACAGUACACCUGUUCAAACUAUGAUGUGAAAGAAAAUGUCUGACCCUUGAGUGUGUACGUAUGUUUGUUUGUAUGUGUGUUUGUUUGCAUGUGUGUGUGUGUGUGUGUGUGUGUGUGUGUGUGUGUGUGUGUGUGUGUGUGUGUGUGUGUGUGUGUGUGUGUGUGUGUGUGUGUGUGUGUGCUGAUCAUUUCAAAGCAUCCCAUAUACAGUAUAUGCAGUCAGUGAUUUAUGUGGUAUGAUUACACAAAAUAUGUAUUUACUGUGCAUUUCUAAAUUAGUCAACUAAAAUAUAGUUGAAGUCUAAUUUUAGUGUUUAAUGUUGUUGACUUUAUUCUGCUUCCAAGCAUUGGUUUGAGGCAUAUACGUUGUGUAUUUGUAUAGAAAUUGAUAUGAAAUCUUACACAGUGUUGGUCUCUCAAAAACAAAUUUGUUCCAUUCAAUCCACAUGAUAUAUUUAAUUUUAUUGUCAGCCAGUCUCAACGCAAGGCCCUUUUCAACCGGAUUAAAAAAUAUAUUUUCAUAAAUAAUUUAGUCUAGGGUUAUAAGUAUAAACAUUGUGUUGGGGACGUACAUUUAAUAUGUAAUAAGGGACACAGCUUGUUGUCCAGGCAUCGUCGAAAUGUCUCUUAUCCUCCUUCACCACACAGCUUCUAGUUGGUCACACAGUAUUUCCAGAAGCAUGCUAUCCAGGGAAGAAAGCGACAAAGAUAGACACAUGUCAAGAUUCUGUGCAUCAAUUCUGCCUUCAUGAGUCCUAUCAUGUUACAUCUCCUACUGUUUGUAUCCUGCUAGGCUAUACCCACCGGGCACAGACGUUAAUUCAACAUCUAUUCCACAUUAGUUCAAUAAACAACAUUGCUUCA